AUGGGUAAGCCAUGGCCAGUCGCCAAGCGCGGAAAGGCUCGCAUGGCCAUGCGGCCCGUGCCCAUGAAGAAGGUGAAGAAGAGCUCACUCCUGCGCAAACCGAAGAACGUCCCAUACACGCGCCACGGGUCUUCCUCGGUCAGGUCGCGCCUCGACAGGGCAGCAUGGGCUCGGUGCUUGAAGGACUUCGUGAACGCGACGACCAAGCAGGUGAUCGAACGCUUGAAGAAGGACAAGGUCUUGCCUGAGUGGAAGGGCGCGAAGUGCCCCUACUGCCAGAUCGGCAAGCUGGGCCCCUUGAAGGACCAUGGCAAGAAGAAGGGCGGGUGGACCCACAAAUGCUCGAGCGACUGCUGCCGACGCUUCCUCAUGCCGCACGCCUUCCACCCUAUCUUCAAAUGCGGCACGGGGUCGUCGGGGGGGCGCUUGGCGGACCAGGCCGCCGUGCUGUUCUGCGCCGUGGCCCAGUGCUCGCAGACGUCCGCCCGCCUCUUGUUGAAGAACAACCACAAGAUGACAGAGGGCAUUUACUCUGCGCUGUAUGCAGCCCGCGCCAAGUACGUCAACUCCCACGAGAGGAACAUCUCCUUUGGCCAUGACCAGGACGGCAACGCGCUCGAGUGGGCGGACGUGGAGGCGGACGAGGUCGACGUGGCGAAGGGCGAGGACCCGAACGCUGGCCCCCGCACGCAGAAGCCCAUCAUCUGGGAGCAGUGGGGCGGCAUCGUGCAGCGGGGGCACCCCAGGUCCUUGGUCCUCUUCAGGUUGAAGCCAGAGAAGGCCAAGCGUAGGGCGCCUGGCCCUGGCCCGAUUCGGAAGAGGGGUUGGGCGCCCAUGGCGUCCAAGUGGCUAAAGCACCGCCGCGUCAUCCUCCACACGGACGGGGCGAGGUCCUACAAGAUGAAAGUCGAUGGCGUCUUGCACGACUGGGUCGUGCACAAGAAGAAAAGGGUGCGGGUUGGCGGGAAGUGGGUGUGGCUGAAGCCGGCAUUCACGAAGAUCCGCUACCACGAUGUCCCUGACCAGAGCAAGCCCAGCGGGACGAAGCGCUUGUGGGUGAAGUGCGGCACCCAGGUGAUCGACCGCGCGUGGGGCGACCUGCGCAAGGCGGUCGGCAAGGGCAUUGCGAAGACGGUGUUGCCCGGCGCGGGAAAGGUUGGCGGGUGGCAUGCGCUGAGGUUUGGAGAGGCGGCCCAGCGCGACAUGCGCAGUUGCUGCUCGCUCUCUGGCCUAUGCAAGGUGCGCUCCUUCCAGUGGACGUACUGGAACCGCGGCAGCGAUCUCUGGCUCGCUACUGGCCAGAUGCUCCGCGACGCGUGGGCCAAGGACCACGAGCAGCCAGGUGGCCAGGCGGAGUGCUCUAGUGGCGACAGGCUUGGCGUUCGGAGUGAGAGAGGCUGCGGCGGCGGCGACGACGCGCUGCAGGGCGGGGCCGAGGCCGCGGACUGGGAGUGGCUGCUGGGGAGCCCGCUGCACAGCAGGCGGCGCCUCGAGGCCCGCUGCGCAGGCCUGGCCGCCUCCGCCGACUUCGUGCCCCACCCGCCCCUUCGCCGUCUGGCGCAGGACUGA